AUGCAGGAUUACCAAUCAACCGAAAUUGGUAUCAAUCUUCAACGAGGAGAACGACCAGAAGUCCCUGCAGAACUCGCCGCUGUGAAAGCUGACGCCAUUGAAUUCUCAGGCAGCUUUGUCCCCGCCAGCGCGACGAGCGCGAACAGUGUUGCAAGCCCCUCCGACGCAAACCGUCCUCGUCCUGCGCAGACCUGCGCCCCCGCAACCUCCCUCGAGCCAUAUCGACCCUACGAUGCAUACGAGAUCAUGGCGGCAGACCAGCUCUACGGCAAGCCGGCUGGCGCUGCCGCGAAUGUGCCGCCUCCAUCCACGCUAGCCGCCCAGCUCGUCGAAAAUAUUUCCGCCUCGACCAGGUCUUCACGAUCCGACGAGAACGCGGAGCUGAAGCGGCUCAUGGCUGUGAUAGAGAGGAUCAAGAACAACCCCGAGCUGCUGAAGACACCCGAAGAACGAACGGAGCACAACCACAUGCUCAUCUACGUGUACGCACGCGUCGUCCUCGAAGGUAUCAAGCUCGAUGACGUCUUUGCCGACAAGGACCGAUUGCGGAACGAGGCGCUCAAGGCGAUCAAUUUCAUGAAAGUCACGAUCGAGGAGACGCCGAACGUCUUGAACUAUACUACGGAUGGGAAGCAAUUCGUGUUUCGCGGGGAGGAGCCGCUUUGGCUCUGGGUCUUCCCCAAGGUACUGAGAUUGCUUGGCCACGCUCGGUGUCUCGACCUCACGACGGCAAUCGAGGGCUUCUUCCGGUUUCUGAUACUCGUGGCCAUUCGUGCGGGGUCAAUGUGGUCUUUGCUGUCUUCCAUGAUCAUGUAUCUUCGGGAGACGAGUAAUAGCUUGCUGUCUCGCCUCCAAGAUCUAGUACCGACUGUCGUUGGCAAAGAUGUUCUCAUAGACAUGACCCUACCUACCGCCGGUACGCUCGAGUUGCUACUUGGAAAGCCUGGCACUCUGUUCGUACAACAAACUACAUACUCUCUCCCGCACGUGUCGCAAGGCAUGCGUCAGGCAGCGGCUUUAAUAUCAACACUCGCGCAUCCAUCCGUUGCCCAAAACUCAAAUAUUUUGUCUCGAUCGUCGUUUGUCGAGCUGAGGCCUUGGCUGCUUGACUCGUUGCUUUCUCUCCGUGCUGUGCAGAACACAUGGCAAGCCGUCGUGCCAACCGCAAGAGCUGACUUGCUCAACAUCGCCCUCAACCUCCUCCCAGAAAAGCCGCCGACAGGAAAGAAGGCCAUGCUCGCACAGAAGGCUUAUACUUCACUAGCUUUGCUUUGCGCCGAGCUCGCAGCACGUCCAGAUGAGAUUGCAGGUUCGGAUGAACCAAGUCAAUUCGCCAGGAGAACCCUCUCCGUAGCCCUCUUACGCAUUGCACGAGCAUCGCUAGUAGACCGCGAGAUUGGCAGACUGGCGGCACCCAAAAUUGUUUUGCCUUUGGAGCUUCUUUGUAUGGAAAUUCCCGCUCUCGGAGAACUCGAUGGCAAUGAUUUUCUACGCUCUCUUCGCGUCCUGAAGCAAGCUUCGUCACCAGUUGCCCCUAGAAGUCUCGAACCCGGAACCCAGCCGGCUCAGUUCAUCGAUCCCGAACUUAGACUCCUAGUUGAGCGUCUUGGAAUUGCCGAGAGCUCUGUUAAGGAAACGGAGGAAGCUGAACCUUCCAUCAAGCGCAGAAAAGUCUCAACAGAGGCCAGUGGAAUCUCCGAAUUGACAGCGCGUAUCAACGAAGUCCUCGGCGCGGCUGACGGUAUAGGCGGUCUUGAGCACAACUUUCUAAAUGCUUAUCCGCAGAUCGACGAAGAGCGCCAAUGCCUCGCCAUUGACUUGAUAUCACGCACUUGUUGCGCCGCUGACAUGACCCUGUCAAAGGACGAGCUUCCCACAAGCAAAGACGGCAGGUUACCGUGUAUGUCCUGCGAUCGGAAACUCGAAGGGCCCAUGAGGCCGGAGGUGAUCGAUAUACAGACAAAACAGGAGGCGCAGUCGACUUUCGCAAAACUCAUCAACCUCACCUCCUUCAAAGAAUCCAAACGACCAAGAGUGGUUGCGAUGAUCGCCAUGAGACGACUCAUCAACCACACCGAUGAUCUCGAGCUUUUCGACCUGGAAACCUCACCUCUCGGACAGUGGUGUCUUCAGAGCCUGCACAGCUCUAUAAGAGAGCUGCGCAUUGCUGCAGGGAGGGCAUUGGCUCUAUUCCUGAAGGCCUCAGCGUCACCAACCAUAGACGUCGCUGUCGUAUACCGUAAUCGAAAGAAUGCACUCAGUCUUUUGAAAGCUUCUUCUGAAAAGGAAACAGUCCUCUUCCAUGAGACUGGGGUCUUGGCGUGGAGCCAGCUUGGACGGGCUGUGGAUGGAGAUGAACUGAACCUCAUCUUACACAAGUUGCUGGAAUAUCUUGGCAGCAGCAACAGCCUCAUUUCAUCAUGCGCAUCCAUUGAGAUUAUGAACUUGGCCGCAGCUCGUAACGUGACACCACGUGGAUUGUUCGAGCCUUUCUGGAGAAAUCUGGCGUACUUUGCGAUCAAAGACAUGGUGUCUCGACCACAAAUCAGUCGAUCGAUUGCUGAAGUCUUACAAAUGUCCGUCAACGAGUUCCUUCUGCUUGUCCAGAGCCAUGCGAUCCCUUGGCUCGUGUUGAUGAAGAAGAAGGAAGUCAUACAAAAGAUUGCCGAAGCCCGAGGCGAAACCGACGUCUGGGUCCCCAUUCUGGACGGUGCCAAUGCUGGCGCCACUAUCGCAUUGCUCCUCGUUCAGGAUGUGCCGAAUAUUGAGGAGUUUGUCAUGUCAAGGCUCGUCGAGGCGUCGGCACACAUAGAGUCUUGGAGCCUAGUUGAGCUUAUGCAGGGCGAAGCCGUCAUGAUUGUCCUCGAACUCCUGAAGCUUGCAGGCGAGGCAGACGAAGCUCGCAAACCCCGAAUUAUCGAGGCCCUUACAACAAUGAGCACCAUGAUUAUGGUCGCAACAAAGGAACCAAGACCGAAAAAAGGCAACAUCAUCGGUCGAUUUUUGCAGUCAUAUAUCCUCGGCCUGAUGGCUCGGCUUGCGGAUGUCAUUAACGACAUGCCCUUCUUGUGUCCACCGCCAGAGGAGCAAAAUCGUUGCAUACGCGCCAUGGAGGAGAUGAUACGACUUUGCAAGGCAUAUAUUGCUGCUUGCCUCCUGUCAGCACUUGCUCAAGACGAGCUCAGAGAAGCGGCUUUCUCCUGUUGGAUUGCUCUACUGACUUAUCUCGAGGCAGAGGAUGUAGAAGUCCUGCUUGAAACGACCUUCUUUGUCAUCAAUCACUACUGGCCCUUGAUUGAAGACAAAACAAGGGCCAGAGCCAGAGAUAUGAUGUUGAAUCUUCUCAAGAAUUUCAACCUGGUCCUCGUGGACAACAUUUGGAAACUCCCAUCCCUGGGCCACAUCUCUGAGCUCGCAGAUAUCGAGAGUCAGCUCCAAGAGCUGCGGCAACAGCAGCCCAUUGCUACCAGAACAGCCAUUGCCAUCUUUGCUGAGCGCGUUUCCCAUGAGAACUCGGGCGUUGUGCUCCAAGCCUUGACAGAGCUGGUGGGAUUCCUCAAACAAAACGGAGGUUAUCUCCAGACUUCAGCCAUCGGUCAGCAACCGGAUUCCGUGGUUUCGACAUUAUUGCGAGCUUUACUCGACUGCGCAUCAAAGUACAGUGCUCUGCAGCUUGAAAUCGCUAGUCUCUGCACACAAUGCAUUGGUCUCGUGGGAUGCCUCGACUCUAACAGAGUGGAGGCAGUCCGAGAGCAGAAGUCCAUGGUGCUUUUGAAUAACUUCGAGAAUGCAGAAGAGACGACCGACUUUGUGCUAUUCAUUCUCGAACAAAUCCUCGUCAAAGCAUUUCUGUCCACAACAGACACGAAACUGCAAGGCUUCCUCUCCUAUGCUAUGCAAGAACUCCUGGAUAGGGUGGACAUCAGGGCGGCGUGUGCCAUGCAGAAGACUGGCGUGCGAGAUGGCGCGGCAAUCUACAGGAAAUGGCUGGCUCUGCCGGAGAACAUGCGAGAGAUCCUGACGCCGUUCUUGACAUCCAAAUACCUUUUGACGCCCAUCAACAUAGCGCCGGCUGAAUAUCCCAUCUUCCGACCAGGCAAGCCAUACGGCAACUGGAUGCGCUCGUUCAGUAUGGAUCUCCUGCGCAGAGGACAGAACGGGCACGCCGACCUCAUAUAUGAGCCUCUAGGGCGCACUAUUCGAGUGAAGGAUCUGACUGUGGCGGAAUUCCUCUUUCCGUACUUGUUCCUCCACGUCAUAAUCGGCAAUCGCAGUACGCGGAAGGAUCGGGAUAAUGUGAUCGGUGAGCUGGUUGGCAUUCUUCAGCACCAGCCAGCCGAGGAUGCUCCAUAUACAGAACGAGAGGAUAUGAAACUGUUUUGCGAGGCCGUUUUCCGUGUUCUGGACUAUGCCAGCAGGUGGCUACAAGAAAAGAAUGCUAGGCGGAAGUCUGAUAGCGACCUGCCAGCCAUAGCACGAGUUGAUGACUUGCUGAAUGCCAUCCCGGCGGUCCUUAUAUCGGAUAGAGCAAUGGACUGCAGAGAGUAUCCGCGGGCGUUGUUUCACCUUGAACAACAUGCCCAGCAGAUGGAGGUCGAAAACGGCGACCCACAGCAAAGGACGGUGCUUCUUGAAAAGCUGCAGGACAUAUACACUCAGAUCGACGAGCCGGAUGGAUUGGAGGGUAUAUCCGCCCACCUCCAUGUGCUAGACAUCAACCAGCAGAUUCUCAGUCACAAGAAAGCGGGAAGAUACACUGCUGCGCAAACUUGGUACGAAAUCAAGCUAGCGGAAGAACCUCAAAACAUUGACGUACAAGUCGAUUUGCUCAACUGCUUGAAGCAAUCGGGGCAACAUGACGUACUCUUGAACUACGUGGAAGGCAUGCACACCGAUCCCUCAAUGGAGAACAAGAUCGUGCCGUACGCUGUCGAGGCGGCCUGGGCAACUCGCAGAUGGGAAGCUCUGUCCAAGUACUCCGGGCGCUUCCACGGUAGCCCCCUGGAGGACUUCAACGUCAGUGUCGCACAGUUGUUCAGCUCUUUGCAGCAAGGAGGUGUUGAAGGGAGUUCGUUCCCUCAGAUGUUGCAGAGUAUGAGAGAAAAGAUUGCCUCGGCAAUGACGUACUCUGCGACUUCUUCCUUACAAGCCUGCCAUGAUCUGAGGCUUCGGUGCCAUGUGCUCACUGACUUGGAAAUAAUUGCUGGGGCGCAAGUUGCGGAUGACGAAGCUCGCCAGGAAGUGCUGACCAUGCUUAACCGAAGACUGGAGGUUCUUGGAGCAUACGUUAACGACAAGCAAUACCUUCUAGGCAUUCGCAGAGCUGCCAUGGAGCUUUCACGACCCAAGUUCACCGACCUCGACAUCUCGUCGCUUUGGCUCUCGAGCGCACGGCUGGCGAGAAAGGCAAACUCGAUGCAUCAAUCAUUCAAUGCUGUGCUGCAUGCGUCCCAGCUCGGAGAUGGCGCGGCAGUGAUCGAGAAUGCUCGGCUUCUCUGGAAGGAUGGCCAUACUCGGAAAGCCAUCCAAGUCUUGCAAGGCGCCAUCGAGGCAAACAACUUCAUGACGCAGACCAACAGCACGUCUUCCAUCCGGGGCCUAGACGCUCAGCAGAGACUACUGACGGCCAGAGCGCAGCUGAUGCUUGCCAAGUGGUUGGAUGCUGCUGGCCAGACAAACAACGUUGCUCUACGAUUCAAGUAUCAACAGCCCCCAAAGACGAAUUCGUCUUGGGAAAAGGGGCACUACUACUUGGGACGCUACUACAAAAAGCUUGGCGAGACCGAAAAAGAACUCAAGGUAGACGAGCAGAGCGACGGGUACGUUCAAGGCGAGGUUACCAGGCUCGUCAUUGAGAACUACCUUCGCUCGCUCAAUUACGGCACCAAAUAUCUCUACCAGACCUUGCCGAGAAUUUUGACGCUCUGGCUCGAGUUGGGAGCGCAAGUGGACAAGGCUCCCGAAGGAAAGGUUUCGAUGUCCCGCGAGCUCCAUAGGAGGCGGACGGAGCAGCUGAAUCUUCUCCACGCCUUCCUCGAUAAAUACAUCGCUCGUCUUCCAGCCUACAUAUUCUACACAGCACUACCGCAAAUUGUUGCGAGAAUUGCUCACCAGAACCAAAACGUGUUUGAGCGGCUCACACGUAUCGUCGUCAAGGUCGUGGAGUCGCAUCCUCGGCAGGCGUUAUGGGGUUUAUUCGGCAUCAUGACCACGAAAAAGCCCUCAGAGCGUAGAAACAGGGGCCAGCAUAUUCUACAGACGCUCAAGGGUAUAUCAAGAAAGGUCGACGGCGCCAACUACGACCUCAAGCAGUUGCUCCGCAUGGGCGAGAAGCUCGCGGAGCAGCUCUUGGUGGCUUGCAACAACGGGGACUUCCAGAGCAACAGAACGACGGUGGCCAGCAUCACGAGGGACCUGAACUUCAACCACAAAUGUACACCCUGUCCCUUGGUGGUCCCUAUCGAGUCGUGCCUCACAGCGACUCUGCCGACAUUGACGGAUAACGUCAAGAAACACAAGGCAUUCUCUCAAGAUGUCAUCACCAUCGACUCUUUCUUGGACGAGGUCCUCGUCCUUGGAUCUCUUGCCAAGCCGAGGCGACUUACGUGCCGCGGAACCGAUGGCAACAAUUACAUGCUCAUGAUCAAACCGAAGGACGACCUGCGAACGGAUCAGCGUCUGAUGGAGUUCAACGGAAUGAUCAACCGGUCGCUCAAGAGAGACCCCGAAGCCAGCAGACGCCAACUCUACAUCAAGACGUACGCUGUGGUACCGUUGAAUGAAGAAUGCGGUAUCAUCGAAUGGGUCGAUGGUUUGAAGACGUUGCGAGAGAUUCUCCUCGACCAGUACAAGGCUCGGUCGGUCCAUCCUGACUACGGCCAAAUAAAGCAGAUGAUGAUCGAAGCUGUGACGGGCCCGAACAAUAUCAAGAUCUUCACCGAGGGAGUGCUGGGAACAUUCCCCCCUGUGCUGCAGUACUGGUUUGUUCAGCGUUUCCCGCAUCCCUCGACAUGGUUCUCGGCUCGGCUCAAAUACACUCGGUCAUGCGCCGUCAUGUCCAUGGUCGGCACCAUCCUCGGAUUGGGUGAUCGACACGGCGAGAACGUGCUCCUCGAGCGAGACAACGGAGGAAUCUUCCACGUCGACUUCAACUGUCUCUUCGAUAAGGGUCUCACGUUCCAGCAGCCGGAGAAGGUACCGUUCCGGCUGACGCACAACAUGGUGGCGGCCAUGGGCAUCUACGGAUACGAGGGUCCGUUCCGCCAUUGCAGCGAGUUGACGCUGGGCAUCCUGCGGCAACAGGAAGAGACGCUGAUGACGAUUCUCGAGUCGUUCAUCUACGACCCGACGCUGGACCUGCAGAAGGAGAAGAAGACGAGUCGGAGGUCGGACGGCGCGCCGCGGAUGCAACCGCAGCUGGUCGUUGACAGCAUCAAGCGCAAAGUCAGGGGCCUGAUGGGCCCCGACCCGAUUCCCCUCGGCGUCGAGGGACAGGUGGAGGAGUUGAUAAAACAGGCGGUCGAUCCCAGAAACCUGGCGGCCAUGUACAUCGGAUGGUGUCCGUUCUUGUGA